AUGAUAACCUGGCUUCCUGGUUUGACUCACAUCACAGGUGCUCAUGAUCAUAUUCAUGCAGGGAAAUUAUUGUCCAUUUUAAUAAGAAAUAUGGGAAGAUCAAUCGCUGUGAUUUACUGGCUGUUUCUUACUUUUGGACCAGUUGCAGCCCAAGCAGAUAAGGUAGAACAAGCGUUGCCCAACUGGCUUACGGGAAUCAUCGCUGUCGCCGUCUUCCUCUUUCUUGUCUUCAUCGCCUUCCUUGUAAACAAAGCCUGGUUUGAAACUCCAAGCAAACCAGAAGCAGUGAAUUCCAACGAAUACGCCAUGACCAAUGGAUCAUCAACUUAUGAAACCGUCCUCGAAGUGGUCAGAAGCAGCGAAGACCCAAAUGCAUACGAGAACGUGACCGUACAUCAGACCGAAGAGAAAGUAACUGUGAUGUAACUGAAGAAUAUCCACAUUCAGCACAACCCGGUUUUCUGCUGCAAACUCCUGGUUUAUAAUCUUAUUUGCUGACAAAGCUCAUUCUUUCAGUUAGCAGUGUUAAUGUAAAAUGAACUUUAUUACACUCCCAAGCUGUUACUAGGACAGUACUCUUUAAAAAGGUCCUAAUAUGUACCAUUUAAGUACUAAUCCAUAUACAUUUUCACCUUAAUAUGUACCUUUGGGGUACUAAUGGGCACCCUUCAGUACCAAUAUGUACUUCUUAGGUAGUAGAUGUGAGCCUGGAUCACAUAAAAGGUAAAUUUUUUGAAAUUAAGAUUUUUAUAUAAACUAAAAUCUGAAUAAAUAUGCUUUCCAUUGAUGUAUGGUUUGUUAGGAUAGGACAAUAUUUGGCCGGGAUACAACCAUUUUAAAAUCUGGAGUCUUUAAAGUUGUCCAAAUGAAGUCUUAGCAAUAAGUAUUACUACCGAUUAAUACAUUUUGUAUAUAUUUAUAGGAGAAAAUUUCAAAAUAUCUUCAAUAUAUUCAGUCCACUUUAAAGAUGGGGUCUAUUGACUUUUCAUAGUAGGAAAAAGAAAUACUAUGGUAAGUCAAUGGGCCCCAUCUUUAAAGUGGACUACUCCCGAUCUUUACUUCAUAUUCUAAUGAUAUUUGGCAUAAACAUGCCCCUUGCCAAUAGUCCCCAUUGACAUCUAGAGACCAAUUUGAGUACCUGUGUUUGGUCUGUUCUGUUACUAAAUGCAAAUAAUAAAAAAUAACCAUAUAAUUGUGUUUUUCUGUGUAUAAACCGCUAAGCAUUUACAUGUAAAAUUACAAAUAGAUUUCAUAUCCAGUAUAAUCCAGCAUUAGAAUUCAGUAGUCAAAGACGAUUAAAAUGAAAAUAACUUUAUUAUUUAAAUUCUACUUUUCCAAAAUAAACCGACAGAGCAUACUGAUCACGUUCAUCUCGUAAAUCUUUCUAAAUCAAGCUUAACUUUCUGUAACUAACAUAUUUACUAAAUGGUAUUCUUUGGACUUUACAGUGAUAUUGUACUGAUGUGAAGCUUUUUCUACUGCAAACUCGACCUUCAUGAAUUCGAUUCAAAUUAAGGAUUGUUUAAGCCAUUUAAGCCAAGUUUUAUGGUUCACAAAAGGAAGGCAUGGAAAGACAUUUAGGAGGCAGGCUAUUAAAGGGAUGCAGUGGUGGACAGAUCCCAACGCAGUGUCCACAUGGCACGAGAAUGGCAUUGUAUGAGUGACGUAUGUCUGCUAUGGGCUUACAAAAUCCUGGCGGACGAUCUGGGUGAGGCUGCCACAUGCUGUUUACAAUCUGAGCCUAUAAGAGCCUGGUACACUUCCUCUAUAAGAGAGAAUGACAUAUCUCCAUCCAUACGACACACACAAGAAGGAAAGGGAUGUGUGAGAUGCCACAGAUAAUUGAAAUCAAUGUUUUAAAAAAGAAAUAAA